AUGGUGUUUAUUCAUGGCGGGACUUAUAUGGUCGGAUCUGCCCUGGGCUCCUACCCGCCAAUGCUUCCAGCGCCUUUGGUACAGAAGGACGUAGUGGUGGUCGCCAUGAACUAUCGCUUAGGCGUCCUCGGCUUCCUUUCAACGGGAGACCAUGUUUUACCGGGUAAUCUUGGUCUCAAGGACCAAACUCUGGCCCUCCAAUGGGUGCAGGACAACAUUAUGGACUUCGGCGGCGAUCCAAACCAGGUUACAAUUUUCGGGAUCAGCGCAGGAGGCAUCUCUUCGCACCUGCACAUCCUCUCCCCGAGCUCAGCGGGUAUGGCAACAUCGACGCAAUAGAUUAUUUACAUAUGCAGUGCUUCACAUCUUAAAAUUAGUAAGGCCUUGACAUUUGAAAAC